AGCCUCAGAGACAGAGCAAGGCAGUCAGUAAAAGCUGCGAGUUCCAGCAAGCAGGGGCUGCCUAUUCAUACUCAGCAACCUAUUGCAUUCUGGCUUCAACCCCCACCCUCAAAACACGCACACUUGGACUGAUCGCAAGUGAUCUAUCUGCAGAAUAAUCCUGCUGGCAUCCAACCACUGUGCGAUUGCUUCUCCGCUGGAUUAACUUCCUCGCAAAGCUUUUUUCUAUUAGUUCCCCUUCCUCCUGUAACCCUUUGCAGCUGCCUGCUCCUCUCUCCCCUGUCUCAGAGUGUAAGCUUGUCUUGUGGUCAUGGAGUGUAUAAUUUCCUUUCUAUCUAGGCUGGAGGGAGCUGUCCAGGUGCUGUAAAAGUGGAUGUCAGGCUUGGAUUUAUGUUCUUGAAGGAAUAGAACAGAGCAAACAGGACCCGAGUAAGUUUUGAUCAGGGAGGAUGCAGCCUGUGUACUGGCUCUCUGUGCUCCUGCUCCAAGCCACCCUUCAGCUGAUGAUAUGCACAAAUUCAAUGGGUGCUGGAAAAACUGGAAAUCAAAAAUCAGGAAAUUCAAUAUCAACACUUAAACAUAUAUGGACAGAAAGUAAUAAAGAAUUGUCAAUCAGCCGACUCAUUUCACAGACUUUUCGGGGAAAAGAGAACCAAACAGCCUUGAAUAUAAGAUAUGACACACCUGAACCUUAUACAGAACAGGAACUCUGGGAAUGGCUGAGGAACUCCACAGAUCUGCAAGAGCCUCGUCCCAGAGCUAAAAGACGGCCUAUUGUCAAGACAGGAAAAUUUAAGAAAAUGUUUGGAUGGGGUGAUUUUCACUCCAACAUCAAAACUGUGAAGCUAAACUUAUUGAUAACAGGGAAAAUCGUAGAUCAUGGCAAUGGAACCUUCAGUGUUUACUUUAGACACAAUUCUACUGGGCAAGGAAAUGUAUCUGUAAGCUUAGUCCCCCCAACUAAAAUUGUGGAAUUUGACUUGACACAACAAACGGUAAUUGAUGCUAAAGAUUCAAAGUCUUUUAAUUGUCGCAUUGAAUAUGAAAAAGUUGACAAAGCUACCAAGAACACACUUUGUAACUAUGAUCCUUCAAAAACAUGCUACCAGGAACAGACCCAGAGUCAUAUGUCCUGGUUGUGCUCCAAACCCUUCAAAGUGAUCUGUAUUUACAUAUCCUUUUAUAGUACAGAUUAUAAACUAGUUCAAAAAGUGUGUCCUGAUUACAACUAUCACAGUGACACACCUUAUUUCCCUUCUGGUUGACAUUUUCAUGAAUGCAAGACUUUACCUCUAAUGAAUAAAAUGUGUCUGGGCUGGAACCUUGUUGAAGAAAGUCACAUCAGUUUCCUGGAAUGUGUCUACCUUGCCAAUGAUUUCACUUUCAAAUAAAACUAAUAUUGGAAAUUAUUCAGAUGUAAUUUAGUUUCCCUGGGUCACCCUAUGUAUCAUUUGAUAGAUGUAAGCCAUAGUGGUUAUAAAGCAAAUGCACAUUGUAAGUGACUGUUUGUUAAGAUCUUUGUUUAGAAAAUUUUCAUUGUCUUUUUAUACACAAUGUUUCAUGCCAGUAUUACAAGAACCAAAAUGAUCAGCCAUAUCAGCGGAUAACAAUGAAGAGUAGUAGAAAUAUACAGUAUAAUUUGCUGUCCUGAUUACACUUUAUUAGGUGUUUGCCUAGAGAAACAUUUGGAAGAACUGUCAAAGGAAUUAAAAUAUCAAAGAAAAAAAACAAAAAAACCCUGAGAUGAUUUCCUCCAGUGUGUGGUUUUGAAACAAUUUUUUAGAGUCAAUAGCAGAAAACUAAAAAAGUAGGCACAUUUAAGGUUGUAUAGUGUGACAUAUAUUCACUAAAGGGAGCCCGUCACAAAUAAAGAUGAUCAUUCAUUUAAAAUUGACAUGAUAUUUUUUGGAUUUGGAAAUAUUAAAUAUAAACACAUAAUAUUGUAUAAACUGAAGGGACAAAGAUGAUAUCAUGUAAGUUAUAAGUUACUGGCAUCUUUAUUGCAGUAUAUUGUAACUACUUCAAUAUCCUAGUAAACAUUUGUAUGAAUGGUUUGUAUUGUACAUAGUUUAACCAGUGUUACUUGAGCAGCAUAUUAAUAUAACUAGUAAUUGUCUCUGCUUGUUAUUGGUUAAAAUACAAACAAGGAAAUGAGGAACCCAUUUUAUCAACAUAGCUGUAAACUUCAU